AUGCAAUCAAAUGCGGAAAGAAGCAAGAAUAGUGCAGUCUCUAAUCCUAUUCAAUGUUUCAAAGAAGAUCCAAUUUAUUCAGUUUAUGUAGAGGAUGAGCAUCUAUGGCUAAAUAUGCAUAACCUGUUCAUAGUGAUCGGAGAUUAUCCAUCAGCAUCACCACUGAAUGCUAUCCUGAAUCUGGUGGAGCAGGACUUGUGCAAGCUACACGCGAACUACCCUAAUUCACUGGCCUUAUUCCUACAGAGAAACACACGUUUAACUUCCAUUCAUCCAAACUUCUUCGACACGAUGCCGGAUUUGUGCUUUCUAGACUUAUCAGAUUCCGAACUUAAAACCUUACCUUAUUCGCUUUUCAACCUUCCGAAGCUCGCAGUGCUGCUGUUGAGGAACUGCAGAAAUCUUGAAACGCUUUCGCCUGAAAUACGACACCUCAAGACAUUGGAGGUAUUAGAUCUUUCCGGCACUUGCCUCCGCGGACUCCCCAAUGAGAUCUGCCUGCUUCAACGAAUGAAGAUCAUGAAGCUAACCUUUUAUUCACCGCUUGAAAGCGAACACAAACUAUAUUUCCCAUCUCAAUAUGCUACUCCUUCUUUUGUAGCAAAUAUGAGAGGAAUGCAGUCGCUUAGCAUUUGGGUGAAGCUUGGAGAUCGUCGGUGGUCGGGAGAAGGUGUGGAGUGCAUAAUAAACGAUAUCACCAAGUUGGAGGGGCUCACCUUUCUUGAACUCAAAUUUCCACAAGUGGAAGCGUUUGCGAAUUUCAUUGUAUCAAGCCCUUCGUGGAAGAAGCAGCGCUUGAAGAGGUUCUUUUUUACUGUGACCCAAGGUGUAGGUGUGAUGAGGUCUACAGUAAUUCCGGUAUCAAAAGAGGUGGAGAAAUUGUUCCAUCGAGGAAACAAAUGCUUGAAAUAUAUUGAUGGAGAUCAUGUGGCAUCCCGAAUUGUUAACACUGUUCUCAACCGUGCCACAUCAUUCUACUUGGAUCAUCACGUUGAGCUCCGGAGUUUAUCUGAAUUCAACAUUUCUAGUUUCAAGGCAUUGGAGUUCUGUCUCGUAAUAGAUUGUCGGGAAUUGCAAGAGAUUCUGGAUGAGAAAAGUGGUGGAGAUGCAUUUCCAUGUCUAGAAUUUUUGGGAAUGUACUCACUACCUCAACUGAGGCGAAUCUGGACGCCACCCCGACAGGCAGGGUGGUUGAAGAGAACCUUCAAGAGGCCUGCGCCAUGGACAAACUUUGGAGCUCUUAAGUAUCUUGUGAUUGAUGCAUGCCCGAAGCUACAAUUCGUAUUUUUGGAAUCAGUUGUUCGGUGUCUUGCCAACUUAGAGGAACUUGAAGUCCGUGACUGUAAAUUCCUGGAGAUAACAAUCAAAGAAGAAGGCAAGAAAGUCAAGUACAAAGACGAUGAUGCCCUUCCUAGGUUAUGGAAAGUAACAUUUAGCCAACUACCGAGGCUGCAUACUUUUGGCUGUCCUGUUCGUCUGUUGCAACAAAAUAUCAGUGUUUAUAGGUGUCCCUAUUUUGAUUCAGACUCCCUUAAUCCUUCAAACUGA